AUGUUUAUUCGAUUCUUGAUCACAUCUAUUUUUAUUAUUGUUGUUCAAUCUACUGUAACAAACAAUUUAAAAAAUAAAUCAUCUUCAACUCUUCUCUCUCCGAAACAAUUUUCAUUUGAUGAUGAUGAUGAUUAUUUAAAUGAUAAAAAAAUUCAUAGUGAAGGUAGUGGUAGCAGUGCUACUCUAGAUGAUUAUGCUGAUGAAGAUGGUGAUGAUGAUGAUGAUGAUGAUCAACUAUCAAAAAUUAUUACAAGUAGUACUGUUUCAACAACAACAACAGUUAAACGUAUAAUAACAAAAACAUUCGAACAAAAAAAGAAAAAUGAAAAUUAUACAAAAAUAAAUUCAUUCGAUAUAAAUGAAUUUUAUGAUGAUUAUAAAGAUGAUAUUGAUUAUAAUGAACCAACAAUUAAAACUACAACUAUAUUAUUAUCAUCAACUAUUCGUCCUACAUCUAUUCGUAUUAUUUUAAGUUUUCUAACACGUCCACCCAUAGCUGCUGGUAUUCUUGGUGGUUUAGCUAUUGGAAUUUUAACAUCAGUUAUUCUUCUUAUUUGUAUUGUUCAAAAUUAUAAUAAAGAUGAUAGAACACAUUCAUCAAUAACAACAGGCCUUCUCUAUCCAAAUCAAUAUGGUUAUUCAAAAACACCACAAGAAUUUUAUGCUUAA